AUGUUGCAUACUGUGAGGAGCACACUCGAGUCGCCUACUUUCCACAGAGCUCGGAGCCUACCAGGUCGUCGGUUCGAGUCCAGAGAUCUAACGAACAUCAAUGUGAAUAACGUCCAGUUAAAUGGAUACGAGACCAGUUCAAUCCAGACGACUUCCACAAGUUCUUCUGCACACUCCGGUUUUUUGAGUUUCGCUCUUCCAACCACAGUGAAUCCAAGUGAUCCUCUCCCAGCGCCGACCUGUCGACUGGGAGCCUAUCAAGCAGAAUGGCUUGCAGACGCGGAGGGUGUGUGGAGGUUAGUGACUGAGAAUGCGACCGCCGCGCCUGUUGCUCAAGCUGGCUCAUCAGAAGAGGAUGUUGAUGACCUCAAGCGCAUAAAUAAGAAAUUAAAGAAGCAGAAACAAUUUCUCGAGAUGAAGAUUUCUCUCUUGUUGGAUGAAGUGGCUAAACAGAUCGCACUGGUACAUCAGCAUGAAAAAAUUUUGGAAGCAUUACGGGAGCAGGUGAAACAAAAAUCGAUCAGUACACCGGAAUUAUUACGGUCCGAAUUAAGGCGUGAGCUGGAAGAGAAGUUGGAGAACACCCGAACCCAACAGAACCUACGAAGGAAGAUCCCGACGUCAGACGAGGAUAAUGCAGACAGUAUAGACAAAGCCUUAACCGAUAGCACUAUUCUGCCGACCAACGAUCCUCUUCUGGGUGACUUUACAACGUCUCAGCAAGCUAUUACCCAGUUCGAAAGGUCAAAUGUUCAAAGCGGAGCAAGCCACUCAAGCAGAAGUUCGACAUAUACGUAUUCCAGAGCAAAUAACAGCGAAACAUUUUCUGAGAGCAGCAGUGACCUAAGUGCUGAUAAGCAAGAAUCGAAACUCCGGCUUGCGCGUUAUGAGUCCAAAAGCAGAGCAACGGGCAAGGUUUCCAGAACAGGAGACCGUACCGACGACAGUAAUUCAAAUAUCAGUGAGGCUAGAACAGCAACUGGGUCAUGCACAGAAACCGAUAGCACCAAAUCGAAUACCGAGGUGACUAGAACAGUCACGAACAAAGAAUCGGAAACAGAGGAGACGGACGAAGAAGAAGAGCUCGAUGACGAAGGACAGAGUGGAGAGGAGGAGGAAGAAGAAGAAAGUGAAGCAGUACAACAAAAUAAUGGAAAUGAAGGUGAAUCAGAAGAUGCAUCUGAAGCCGAGGAUCACGAGGAGUUGUCGCAAACGGAUACAUCUCAAAGUGAAAGCCGUUUGAAUUCCCGCCGCAGGGUUGUACAGUUCGGAACUGUAUCAAGGCGAUAA